GUUAGUUGUUUCGUCAUCAGUAUGUGCAUACCGGGAUGCGUUCCACGUGGGGGAGUACGUAAUAAGAUGAAGAUUUGAUUGGCGUCUUCUUGUCUGGGCCCAGGACAAGAUGGCUGGCAGGGGCAGAGGUGGAGGUCGGGGCCAGAUGACCUUUAAUGUGGAGGCUGUUGGAAUCAGCAGAGGUGAAGCCUUACCACCGCCCACUUUACAACCGCCUCCAUUGUUUCCUGCUCUGGAUUACAAGUCUGUUCCACUGCAGACAGGGGAGGAGGUGGAAUAUAUGCUAGCAUUAAAACAAGAACUACGCGGUGCAAUGAAAAGCCUUCCUUAUUUUAUCAAACCUGCUUCCCACAAGAAAGAUGUGGAACGGUACUCUGAUAAAUAUCAGACGUCUGGACCUGUUGACAAUGCUAUUGACUGGCACCCCGAUUGGAGACUUCUGCCCCGUGAGCUGAAAAUCAGAGUGAGGAAGCCACAGAAAGACAAGUCUACCGUUAUUCUUCCGAAGCACAAACAGAGAGUUGCUGUAGACAAAGAGGAGAUCAUCAAGAAGCUGGAGAAUCUUGAGAAAAAGGAGGAAGAGGUGAGCUCAGAAGAAGAAGAAGAAAAAAAAAAGGAAGAAGAAGAAGAGAAGGAGGAAGAAGAGGAAUAUGACGAAGAAGACCACGAGGAAGAGACUGAUUACAUCAUGUCGUACUUUGAUAAUGGCGAGGAGUUUGGGGGCGAUAGUGAUGACAACAUGGAUGAGGCCACAUACUGAUUACCUCAGAUUUGCUUGUUUUUGACGGUUGGGACACACAACUGGAUCCUGUAGUGUAGAAUAAUAUCGUUUAUGAAUGGGUAUAAACAUAUACCACUUAAAACUGGACAUGCAUCCAACCCAACUCUGGGUCAUUUUAACCAUUUUUAAAAUGCAUUUGACAUGUUCCUCACCUGAUGCUGGUCAAUUUUAUCCAUUUUUUAAAUAUUAUUUGACAUUUUCCUCACCCGCUGCUGGUCCAUUUUAGCCAUUUUUAAAAUGCAAUUUGACAUUUUCCUCACCAGGUGCUGGUUAGUUUUAGCCAUUUUUGAACUGGACUUGUACCCUACCAAGUUUUUGGCCAUUUUAAAACUUUAAAUAAUUAUUUUUUUUUAAUUCCCUUUUAAACAACUUUUUUAAACAAGUGUUACCAAAGCUUUAAGUGACUCUGUACUUAAAAUAUAUUUCUGGAAUCCAUAAGAGGAAUAUCUAAAUAUGUAGAAUUUAUUUCUUUUUUGUAUUAAAAUGUGAAGUAAAAGCUGUUUCAAUCUAAAACUAAAUUUGAAACUAAUACAGUUGUAUCAUUGUGUAUUGCCUAAUAAUUCUUAUUGGUGGUGCGCAUUUCAUGUAUUGGUAGGAAUUAUCUAUACAUCAAUAAGCAUUACUAGCAUUGCACAACUGAUGCUCAUAUGUUUUGUUAUUUUAUUUUUACUUCAUAUUUAUUAAGGAAAUAAAAAUAUCAACAUGUUAAAA